AUGACUGCGUCAGCCAUCUGUCCUGGGGGGAAUCCUUUGAUUCCAGGAGGAUCGGGAAAUGCCAUGGCACCAUCGGGGCAGCCAGUUCUGGCUCCUGGGCUUCGCAGCAAGGGAAGCAUGUCCUCCCUGAGCUGCAUGCGAACCUCCCACUUGCAAGCAGCGUCGCUGCGGUUUGGGACGACUCUGACACUCCAUCGGCCUGUGCCACGACCCAGUUCAGCAGCCGGGGUAGCGUGCAUCAUACGCCGUGGUGCAAAGGUUGCCGAAGCAACGGUGUCCGACAGACCAUCCGGAAUCGCAGUGUCCCAGUCUCAGCCACACGCUGGAGCCAGGCGACCGCAGACGGCAGUUCCCACGAAAUCCUCCAGGCUUUCCUCGGAGGGCUUCGCUGCAGCUAUGUCUGCUCUGCGAACUGGAGCCGUCGAGAUGCCGGGGUCGAGACAGAGCCCUGGCGGCCGAAGCAUAGGAAGCCUGGUGGGCCGCGGCCGUGGGGUUGCACACUGCGCGGCUGCUGCGCAAGCCCACAACGAGAGCAUGCCGAGUGGGAUGCCCCUUCGGAGAUCCAGCUCUGCAGGUGCGCUUGGGCGGUGCGACAAAGUGCAGGCGGGUGCUGGUGGAGGAGCUGUUGCCUCCAGAGAGCCUGUCACGACAGGAGAGGCCGGCAUCUUCGAGGAAAUCAUGCGCACCGAUCAGUUUUUUGGGCCGAUCUUACAAGAGAUCAAGGCCAGCUACAAGGCGAUCUUGCUCGACAAGAAACCCGCCCUGGACCUCAAG